CUAAAAGUCUCCACCUACACGUUAACAGGAACACGGAGAGCAGCGUGGUUGUUACAGAAAGUCGGAGAUUUGUUCGAAAAUUGAACUUUAAUUGGAGCAUAAAGAUAUAAGUCAGCAGGAGCAUGUCAGAUGCUUUAAUCCAGAAGAUUAAGGAGCUAGAAGAUGAGCUUGAGAAGCUCAGGUCCCAGCUGGGGCAAACCACCAGAGCUGGAGAGGAUUUGGGAAUGAUGUCCUGUUCACCUCCCAGUGAAAGCCCAGACUGCACCAUGUCUGACAGGAGCAGCAGGAAGAGGUCAGGAAAGCAGCGCCCCUUUGACUUCAGCUCCCAUCCCCGGCGCCAUGUGGCCCUGAAGCUGGCUUACCUGGGUUGGUCCUACCAGGGCUUUGCUGUUCAGGAGAACACAGACAACACAGUGGAGGCCAGGCUGUUUGAAGCGCUGCUGAAGACACGGCUGAUCCAGGACAGACAGAGCUCCAACUAUCAUCGCUGUGGACGAACUGAUAAAGGAGUCAGUGCUUUUUCUCAGGUUAUAACCAUUGACCUGCGAUCCACCCAGUUUUGCGGAGGACUCGGUGUCAGUCUCCCUGAGAGUCUCGAUCUCACUGCCAAAUCCAAGGAAUCGACCUCUGAGCUUCCAUAUGUGAAAAUGUUGAACAGAGUUCUGCCACAGGACAUCCAGAUCUUGGACUGGGCCCCCGUAGAGCAAGGUUUCAGUGCACGCUUCGACUGCCAGUCCCGCACGUACCGGUACUACUUCCCCCGAGGGUUCUUAGAUGUAGAGCUGAUGGCAAACGCUGCAAAAAAAUAUGAGGGGACUCAUGACUUUCGCAACCUGUGCAAGAUGGAUGUGGGAAAUGGUGUCCUGCAGUUUGAGAGGACCAUCCUGUCAGCAUCAGUCAGGCCUGCACACCCCCGGGUGGUUUCCAGUACAGAUCAGCAUGAGGUGUUUGUGUUUGAGGUCAAAGGUUUAGCCUUCCUCUACCAUCAGGUACGUUGUAUGAUGGCAGUGCUACUUUUGAUUGGACAGAAGCUGGAGGCUCCAGAGAUUAUUGAUGAACUCCUGGAUGUUAAGAAUAACCCCAGAAAGCCUCAGUACAGCAUGGCAGUGGACUAUCCUCUGGUGCUGUACGACUGCCACUUUGAAGGUUUAAGCUGGCAGCAGGAGACUGAGGAGGUUAAUCACGUUCUGUCGUCACUGCAGCGACACUGGACGCAGAGUGCAGUCAAAGCCCACCUUCUGCUCGGGAUGAUCCAGGGUUUGGAGGAGAGAGGUGGUGUUUCUUCCGACCAUUGCUGGCUGCUGGAAGGCAGCAGGCAGAAAAAUUACCGGCCGUUGAUGCAGCGUCCAUGCUGCGAGAGCCUGGAGUCCAGGAUAAACCACUUUGUUAAAAGAGGAAGGCUGGAGCGAGAGGAGGGGGAGAACGGAGAUGAAAUGAUUUACAGAGGGAAGAAAUCCAAAAAUUCCUACGAUGCGCGCCCUCCAUCUGUUUCCUCUGAGAUCCCAAAACAAAGCUUCGAUCAGAAAGAGGAGGAUUAAUUUUUGUUUUGGACCAUAACUGACUUGGAGGAUUUUGAUUUUGUUGCUUUUAAGAAGACAAAAAAAAGUAAAAGGAUUUCAUUUAAGGAAAAAUAUUUCUUUUUUCAUUUAUUUUAAUACUUUUGUUUGUGAACUUUUUUUUUUUCUAAUUAAGCAUACUGUUUAGAUAAAUAUUCUCCGUUUUCUCCAGAUU